UGUGCAGAAAAUAAAUCAACAAUGAGAAUUAUAUUAUCCAGCUGCGUUCGCAUCGAACGUUCGAUGUUCCUUGGAAACAAACGAGACGUAGCGUAACAUCGUUUGAAGGAGAUACCAUUAGAGGUAGGGUUAAGAUUGAACGAGACAUUUUAUAUUCUGUUAAUACGUGUAUAUAUACGUAUUUAUAUACGUAACGACACGUAGAAAAUCGAAAGAGAAAAGGUGCCGACCGUUUGUCGAGAAAAAUGGCGACGUAAAAUUACGAAUAAAAUAAAAUGGAGAAAGCGACGUCGGUAAGAGUGAAACAAUUGGGUUGCGAAUGUUGGAAAAAUAAGAUCCCUCAAUACAAGAGGAAACAACGUGAUCGUUGCAAGAGAAAAAGGCAGACUUUGGUGUUUAACGUAAACGCGGACGAUGAGAUAUGGCACGAACCGUAUAUGCAACGACUUCAAAAAGAAUUCUCGGACGUUUCGAUCCUUUGCGACUCGAAGAUCGAGUUACCAUGGAAGGACAUCGCGUUACCGACUGUGGUAAGAAAAAUUCGUACGGAUAACUCGGUCGAUCACGGAAGUCAAGACGCGGAAAAUGGCGAGGUCGAUUUGGACGAAGCGGAGAAAAAGGAAUCGAACGGAUUUAUGACGUUACCGUGGCACAAAUUAUUGAUCACCAACGUUGUUACACCGACGAAAGAGACCGUUCCAGCAUGCUGCGAUUCGAACGUCGAAAUACCAUGGGAAGAUCUUGCUUUGGACAAACCGGUCAAUAUCCGUGUCCCACCUACGGACGAAAAAGAUUCAUGCGUUCCCGACGACCUCGAGAUACCGUGGCAGGACAUUCUCGUACCUCAGAAUAUCGUGAUCGAGGUGCCAAAGAAAAUUUGUACUAUGAACUCAAGAAAACAGAAAAAAUAGAUGAUCGAUCGGUCCUUUCUAAAAAACUUCACGAAAUCUU